CUGGGUGCCAUGAACACUCCGUGCGGGCCUCGACAUGGAAGGUUGUGACUCGCCCGCCAUCUCGGGGAAGGACCAUGGGUGUGCUCUCCCUCCGCACCAGCCGUGGACCGAACGCGGCGGCCAGUCUGGUACCAUGGAGCAGUCUGGGGCGGAGAGCCAUGGAGCCCUAGGCGGCCAGCAGGCUCCUCCCGGCGAGCGCUCCUCAGACAGGGCCGCCUCUGGCCCCAGCGCCGAGCCAGCCAGCAAGGAGGUCAGCUGUAACAAAUGCGCCGCCUCCUUCGCCACCUUGCAGACCUACAUGGAGCACCACUGCCCUGGCGCCUCCCGCUUGCUCCUCCCGCUGCCCGAGGAGAACGGGAGCGACACUGGGGAGGAGGGGGGGGAGGAGGAGGAGAGCGACGUGGAGAACCUGGCCGGGGAGAUCGUCUACCAGCCGGAUGGUUCGGCGUACAUUGUGGAGAGCCUCAGCCAGCUGCUCCAGACUGGGGGGGCCUGUGGGGCUGGCCACGGGCCUGGCAGCAGUGCUCUCCCUUCCCUCUUUCUGAACUCUCUCCCCAGUGCAGGGGGCAAAGGGAGCGAGCCCGCUUCUGCUGCGCCAGUCUGCCCGCAGAUCAUCAACACUUUCCACAUAGCCUCGUCCUUCGGGAAAUGGUUUGAGGGCUCGGAGCAGGCCUUCCCGAAUACCUCAGCCCUGGCAGGGGCCAGCCCUGUCCUGCACAGCUUCCGCGUUUUUGAUGUGCGCCACAAAAGCAGCAAGGAUUACCUGAACAGCGACGGUUCUGCCAAAAGCUCCUGUGUAUCCAAAGAUGUUCCCAAUAACGUGGACCUGUCCAAAUUUGAUGGCUUCGUGCUCUACGGGAAGCGGAAGCCCAUCCUGAUGUGCUUCUUGUGCAAGCUGUCCUUUGGGUACGUCCGCUCGUUUGUGACCCAUGCCGUGCAUGACCAUCGAAUGACUUUGAGCGAGGAGGAGCGGGAAAUUCUUAGCAAUAAGAACAUCUCCGCUCUUAUCCAAGGGAUAGGCAAAGACAAAGAACCUCUCAUCAGCUUUUUGGAACCAAAAACCAAAAACUUUCCACACCCUUUAGUUUCCACAGCUAACCUUAUAGGCCCAGGACACAGUUUCUAUGGCAAAUUCAGUGGGAUCCGAAUGGAGGGGGAAGCGGGUGGCCCUGGGGAGGCUGCCAGUGGAGCCGAAGAGCCUCAUUCCUGCCUCUUGGCCCCUGGGGCCCUCUUGAACCUUGGAGGGCUAACCAGCUCAGCUUUGAAGACCCCAAUUACCUCAGUCCCCCUGGGCCCCCUGGCUUCCAGUCCUACCAAAUCCUCCGAGGUGAAGGACCCCGGGGUAGCCGAGUGUGAGAAGCAAGAGCUGGCUGACCAGGACGGCGUCCCAGAGAAAGCCGAGCUGGCUGGGGAGGAAGAGGAGGAGGAAGGAAUGGAAGAGGAGGAGGAAGAGGAGGAGGAGGAGGAGGAGGAGGAAGAGGACGAUGAGGGGUGCAAAGGGCUGUUCCCAAGUGAGCUGGAGGACGACCUGGAGGACAGGCCUCCCCAGGAGCCUGAGGCUGUGGCAAGUGAUGGCGGCGGCAAGAAGGACCUUGCUCUCUCAAACCAAAGCAUUUCUCCCUUAAUGCCUAGCGUGCUCCAGAGCCUGUCCUGGGGCACGGCUUCUUCUUCUCGUUCUAACUCUGCUUCUUCCUUUGUCUUUGAUGGUGCAAACAGGAGGAAUUGUUUAAGCUUUAACAGUGAAGGCGGUGAGGGCAGCCGGAGACUGGACUUCAGUGACGAAAGUGCCAAUAGAGACCAUUCCGCCCUGCCGGAGCCCAGCGAAAGUGUGGAGGGCGAGGAGGGGAGCUACGCCUCCCACCACCAGCAUCUGGGGCCCCUCUGUGAGCUGGGGGGCGGGGAGUGCCCCUCGGGGAGCGGGGUGGAGUGCCCCAAGUGCGACACCGUCCUGGGCUCCUCCCGCUCCCUCGGGGGUCACAUGACCAUGAUGCACUCGCGGAACUCCUGCAAGACGCUCAAGUGCCCCAAGUGCAACUGGCACUACAAGUACCAGCAGACGCUCGAGGCGCACAUGAAGGAGAAGCACCCCGAACCGGGUGGCUCGUGCGCCUACUGCAAGAGUGGGCAGCCCCACCCGCGGCUGGCCCGGGGCGAGAGCUACACCUGUGGCUACAAGCCCUUCCGGUGUGAGGUUUGUAACUACUCCACGACGACCAAAGGCAACCUCAGUAUCCAUAUGCAGUCCGACAAGCAUCUCAACAACAUGCAGAACCUGCAGAACGGGGGUGGGGAGCAAGUGUUCAGCCAUUCUGCUGGGGCGGCUGCGGCGGCAGCAGCUGCCGCUGCUGCCGCAGCUGCCGCAGCAAACAUGGGGAGUGGCUGUGGGGCCCCCUCCCCCACCAAACCAAAAAGCAAACCUACCUGGCGGUGUGAGGUGUGUGACUAUGAGACCAAUGUUGCCAGGAACCUUCGCAUCCACAUGACCAGUGAGAAGCACAUGCACAACAUGAUGUUGCUGCAGCAGAACAUGAGCCAAAUGCAGCACAGCCGCCACCUGGGCCUGGGCAGCCUGCCUGCCGAGGCUGAGCUCUACCAGUACUAUUUGGCACAGAAUAUGACCCUGCCCGCCCUGAAGAUGGACAGUGCUGCUUCGGAGGCGCCCUUCCUGGUGGGCGGCUUCCAGCUGGACCCCACCAACCCAGUGGCCUCCCUGGCCCCGUCUCUAGUGGGUGGAGAGAUCCCCCUGGACAUGCGACUCGGGGGUGGGCCGCUGGUGUCCGAGGAGCUCAUGAACCUGGGGGAGACCUUCACGCAAACCAACGACCCGUCUCUGAAGCUCUUCCAGUGUGCCGUGUGCAACCGGUUCAGCACGGACAACUUGGACCUGCUGGGGCUCCACAUGAACGUGGAGCGCAGCCUGCCCGAGGAGGAGUGGAAGGCAGCCCUGGGGGACUCGUACCAGUGCCAGCUGUGCCGCUACCACACGCAGCUCAAGGCCAACUUCCAGCUCCACUGCAAGACGGACAAGCAUGUGCAGAAGUACCAGCUGGUGGCGCACAUCAAGGAGGGGGGCAAGGCCAACGAGUGGAGGCUAAAGUGCGUGGCCAUCGGGAACCCCGUGCACCUGAAGUGCAACGCCUGUGACUAUUACACCAACAGCCUGGAGAAGCUGCGCCUGCACACGGCCAACUCCCGGCACGAGGCCAGCCUGAAACUCUACAAGCACCUUCAGCACCAUGAGAGCGGCGUGGAGGGGGAGAGCUGCUACUACCACUGCAUCCUCUGUAGCUACUCAACCAAGGCCAAGCUGAACCUGCUCCAGCACGUGCGCUCCAUGAAGCACCAGCGCAGCGAGAGCCUGCGGAAGCUGCAGCGUCUGCAGAAGGGCCUUCCGGAGGAGGAGGAGGAGGACCUGGCUCAGAUCUUCACCAUCCGGAAGUGUCCUGCGCCCGAGGGAGAGGAGCCGGUCGAGGACACAGAAGGGCCCAGCGAGGCGGCUGCUGACCCGGAAGAGCCCGCCCAGGACUCAGACAGCGCAGCCGACAAGGACCAGGGCCAGUGGACAGCACAAGCCACCCAGGCAGAGAAGGAGCCGACGGAGUCCCCGGCAUCCUCCAGGCGCAUCUCGUGUCCAAGAGGAUCGGAAUCGCCCAGCACCAAAUGGCCGAAGGCAGCCGAGGAGAGCAAGCCGGAGCAGACGUAUCAGUGCCCGUACUGCAAAUACGGCAACACAGACGUGAAUCGGCUGCGUGUCCACGCCAUGACCCAGCACUCGGUCCAGCCCAUGCUUCGGUGCCCGCUCUGCCAGGACAUGCUCAGCAACAAGAUCCACCUACAGCUGCACCUCACCCACCUGCACAGUGUCUCCCCCGACUGUGUGCAGAAGCUCGUUUUGACGGUGACGACGCCGGAGGUGAUGAUGCCCAGCAGCAUGUUCCUCCCAGCAGCCCCCCCAGACAGAGACGGGAACGCCAGCAUGGAGGAGGCGGCCAGGCAGCCCGAGCCCUCUGAGGACCCAGGGAAAGGCCCGCAGCCUUUGGAAAACCUGGAGCUCGGGGGAGAACCGAAGCCCAUUCUGUUGGAGCAGGCCUCUGCCCGAGAGGACGCUGGGUUUCUCUGCUGGAAGAAGGGCUGCAGCCAAGGAUUCAAAACCUCUGCUGCUCUCCAGGCACAUUUCAGUGAGGCGCACACCAAGCGGCCACAGCUGCCUGUCUCCGACCGGCACGUGUACAAAUACCGCUGCAACCAAUGCAGCCUGGCCUUCAAAACCGUGGAGAAGCUUCAGCUGCAUUCCCAGUACCACGUUAUUCGGGCCGCCACCAUGUGCUGCCUUUGCCAGCGCAGCUUCCGCACUUUUCAGGCCCUCAAGAAGCACCUGGAGACGAGUCACCUGGAGCUGAGUGAAGCUGACAUUCAGCAGCUGUACGGUGGACUCCUCGUCAACGGAGACCUCCUCGCCAUGGGUGACCCCUCCCUGGCUGAAGACCACACCCUCCUUGGGGAGGAAGACAAAGAAGAGGAGAGCGACUUGGAAGACAAGCAGAGCCCUGCGGGGAGUGACUCUGGGUCUCUGCAGGAGGACUCUGGCUCUGAACCAAAGCGGGCUCUCCCGUUCCGGAAAGGCCCAAACUUCACGAUGGAGAAGUUCCUGGACCCGUCCCGUCCGUAUAAGUGCACCGUUUGCAAAGAGUCCUUCACUCAGAAGAACAUCCUUUUGGUCCACUACAAUUCCGUGUCUCACCUGCACAAGCUGAAGCGAGCCCUGCAGGAGUCCACCAGCGGCCAGCAGGAGCCAGCCACCAGCAGCCCAGACAACAAGCCCUUCAAGUGCAGCACCUGCAGCGUGGCCUACAGCCAGAGCUCCACCCUGGAGAUCCACAUGAGGUCCGUCUUGCACCAGACCAAAGCACGAGCGGCCAAGCUAGAAGCUGCGAGUGGUGGCAGCAGCGGCAGCGGAGUGGGCGGGGGCGGCAGCGUCUCCUUGGCCUCCUCCACACCCAGCCCAGUCAGCACAACCAGUACCCCCACCACCGUCACUGUGGCCAGCACCAACCCCACGGCCAGCACUGCUCCUGGCCCCAGCCUCCUCGGCCAGGUCUCCUGUGAGAACGCGGGGGGUAUCCCUCCUCUCCGCACACCCCUCUGUACCAGUAGCACACCAGCGGCCGCCUCAAGCCCUUCUGAGCCCAAAGAGGUCAACCGUAAGAAGCUGGCUGACAUGAUUGCCUCCCGCCAGCAGCAGCAGCAGCAGGCGCAUGCCUUGGCGCAGGUGCAGGCCCAAGCGCAGGCCCAGCUCCAGCAAGAGCUGCAACAGCAGGCCGCCCUCCUGCAGUCGCAGCUUUUCAGCCCGGCCCUCCUGCCCCACUUCCCCAUGACCACGGAGACCCUCUUGCAGCUCCAGCAGCAGCAGCAGCAGCCACACCUCCUCUUCCCCUUCUACAUUCCCAGCACUGAAUUCCAGCUGACCCCGGAGGUGAGCCUGCCGGUGACCAGCAGCACCCUGACGCUGACCGGGACGGGGCCCAGCCUCUUGGACGACUUGAAGGUGCAGCUCCCCCAGCCCAGCCACCCCCACGCCCAGCCGCUGCCCCCGCCCCACUGUGUCCUCUUGCAGCACGGCCAGCUGCUGGACAAGAAAGCCAAACCCCCCGUGGCAGUCAAGGAGAAGGAAGGCCAGAGGGAGCCGGAGAGCUCCGAGAAAGGGGGUGGCGGCUCCACUGCCCAGGAGCCCCCACCUCACCCCCCCAAGCCCAAAGACAAGCCUGACUUGGGAGCAGCAGCGCUGCCGGCAGAGCCGCCGCCACUUCCUCCGCCCCGCAUCGCGUCCGACGCUCGUGGGAACGCCACCAAAGCCCUGCUGGAGAACUUUGGCUUUGAGCUGGUCAUUCAGUACAACGAGAACAAGCAGAAGGUGCAGAAGAAGGCGGCGAAGCCAGAGCAGGGGGGCGGCGGUGGCAGCGUGGAGAAGCUGGAGUGCGCCUCCUGCGGCAGGCUCUUCUCCAACAUCCUCAUCCUGAAAAGCCACCAGGAGCACGUUCACCAGCACUACUUCCCCUUCGGGCAGCUGGAGAGCUUUGCCCAGCAGUACCGUGAACAGUACGACAAGCUGUACCCAUUGCGGCCUCAGACCCCAGAGCCGGCCCCUCCAGCCCCCCUGCCCCCCGCCCCCCCGCAGCAGCCCCCCGCCCCCCCUGCUCCGGCCCCGCCCGCCUCCUCUCCCACCAUGGCUCCAGCCCAGCCGCCUAUGCCCCUCACCCAGCUGUCCCUGCCGAUGGAGCUGCCCCUCUUCUCUCCCCUCAUGAUGCAGACCCUGCCUCUGCAGACCCUGCCCACCCAGCUGCCCCCCCAGCUCGGCCCCGGCGACCCCUUGCCUUCAGACCUGGCUCAGCUCUACCAGCACCAGCUGAAUCCUGGCCUUCUGCAGCAGCAGCAGCAGAGCAAGCGGCCGCGCACCCGCAUCACCGAUGACCAGCUGCGCGUCCUGCGGCAGUACUUCGACAUCAACAAUUCCCCCAGUGAGGAGCAGAUCAAGGAGAUGGCGGACAAGUCAGGCCUGCCCCAGAAGGUGAUCAAGCACUGGUUCCGGAACACGCUGUUCAAGGAGCGCCAGCGGAACAAGGACUCUCCCUACAACUUCAGCAACCCCCCCAUUACCAGCCUGGAUGACCUGAAGGUGGACUCGCGGCCCCCCUCGCCGGAGCCUCAGAGGCAGGAGUACUGGGGGAGCAAACGCUCCUCCAGGACUCGCUUCACGGACUACCAGCUGCGGGUCCUGCAGGACUUCUUUGAUGCCAAUGCCUACCCGAAGGACGAUGAGUUUGAGCAGCUCUCCAGUCUGCUGAACCUCCCAACCCGUGUGAUCGUGGUGUGGUUUCAGAAUGCCCGCCAGAAGGCCCGGAAGAACUACGAGAACCAAGGAGAAGGCAAAGAUGGGGAGAGGCGGGAGCUCACCAACGACAGGUACAUCCGGACGAGCAACCUCAGCUACCAGUGCCGUAAGUGCAGCCUGGUCUUUCAGCGCAUCUUUGACCUCAUCAAGCACCAGAAGAAGCUGUGCUACAAAGACGAGGAUGAAGAGGGGCAGGAAGACAGCCAGAACGAAGACUCCAUGGAUGCGGCGGAGCUCCUGACCCCGACCAGCUCCUCCUGCAGCACCCCCAUGCCUUCGCAGGCAUAUGGUACCCCCACCUCUUCCGCAAAUGCAGCCUCUUCCUCCGCAGCUUUUCUGCCACAGACGGCCAUGGAGGAAGACGACUCUUCCUCCUUCUACACUUCUAAAGCAGAAGCUACAGAUGAGAAACCAAAGCAACCUGAACCUCCAAGUACGCAGCAAAACCAAACCCCCGAAAAGCAAGUGCAACCAAAGCAGGAGGUGCCUCAGCUCCAACAGCAAGAAGACCCCGGCGAGCAGCCAGCCGGCUCAGCACACCCCAAGCCCUCCCCUCCCGCCCUGCCGCAGCCAGGCCAGCCUCCCCCCUGCGUCCUGCCGCAGGCGAGCCCCAGCCCCUCCCAGCUCUCCCACCUUCCCCUCAAGCCCCUUCACACGCCCACGCCCCAGCAGCUGGCGAACUUGCCUCCUCAGCUCCUCCCCUAUCAGUGCGACCAGUGCAAGCUGGCCUUCCCCUCCUUUGAGCACUGGCAGGAGCACCAGCAGCUCCACUUCCUCAGUGCCCAGAACCAGUUCGUUCACCCCCAGUUCCUGGACAGGGCGCUCGACAUGCCUUUCAUGCUCUUUGACCCCGGCAACCCCCUGCUGGCCAGCCAGCUCCUUUCCGGGACGCUCCCCCAGCUGCCCCUGAGCUCCGCCACCUCUCCCUCCACCCCAACUUCCACCAUGAGCACCCUGAAGAGGAAGCUGGAAGAGAAGGCCAGCGCAAGCCCCGGGGAAAACGAGAGUGGCACCGGCGGGGAAGAGCCACAGCGAGACAAGCGCCUCCGCACGACCAUCACGCCAGAGCAGCUGGAGGUCCUCUACCAGAAGUACCUGCUGGACUCCAACCCCACCCGCAAGAUGCUGGACCACAUUGCCCACGAGGUGGGCUUGAAGAAGCGUGUGGUGCAGGUCUGGUUCCAGAAUACUCGAGCACGGGAGCGAAAGGGGCAGUUCAGGGCGGUGGGGCCUGCCCAAGCCCACCGGCGAUGCCCUUUCUGCCGGGCGCUCUUCAAAGCCAAAACUGCCCUUGAAGCCCACAUCCGGUCCCGCCACUGGCACGAAGCAAAGCGGGCAGGCUACAACCUGACGUUGUCAGCAAUGCUCUUCGACUGUGAUGGAGGACUCCAAAUGAAGGCCGACCUCUUUGAUGGAACGGGCUUUCCCCACCUGCCCCCCAGCACCAGUGACAGCCAGGCCCUCUCCCCGCUGAGCAAGUCUCUGGAGCUCUCGCCUCACCCUCUCCUGAGCCCGUCGUCCAUCAAAGUGGAAGGGAUGGAGGACUUCGAGAGCCCGUCCCUGUCGUCCGUCAAUCUCAGCUUUGACCAAGCCAAGCUGGACAACGAUGACUGCUCCUCCGUUAACACGGCCAUCACGGACACCACGACGGGAGACGAGGGCACUGCAGACAACGAGAGCGCCUCCGGGCUUGCUGCCGAGGCCAAGUGCCUGCCAGGGCCGAGCGAAGGUCUGACCAAGGCUGCCAUGAUGGCCAUGUCCGAGUACGAAGACCGGCUGUCCUCUGGCCUGGUCAGCCCAGCUCCCAGCUUCUACAGCAAGGACUAUGACAAUGAGGGCAUUGUGGACUACAGCGAGACCUCCAGCCUGGCAGACCCUUGCUCGCCCAGCCCGGGCACCAGCGGCUCUGGGGGCAAGUCCGCCGAGGGUGGGGACCGGCUGGGGCAGAAGCGCUUCCGCACGCAGAUGACCAACCUCCAGCUGAAGGUCCUGAAGUCCUGCUUCAACGACUACCGGACGCCCACCAUGCUGGAGUGCGAGGUUCUGGGGAGUGACAUCGGGCUGCCCAAGCGAGUGGUGCAGGUCUGGUUCCAGAACGCCCGGGCCAAGGAGAAGAAGGCCAAGCUCAGCAUGGCCAAGCAUUUCGGCAUUAACCAAACCAGUUACGAGGGACCCAAAACUGAGUGCACCUUGUGUGGCAUCAAGUACAGCGCCCGCCUGUCUGUACGCGACCACAUCUUCUCUCAGCAGCACAUCUCCAAAGUGAAGGACACCAUCGGCAGCCAGCUGGACAAAGAGAAGGAAUACUUUGACCCCGCAACCGUCCGCCAGCUGAUGGCCCAGCAGGAGCUGGACCGGAUCAAGAAGGCCAACGAGGUGCUGGGCCUGGCUGCGCAGCACCAGCAGCAGCAGGGCAUGUUCGACAGCCCCCCUCUCCAGGCCCUCAACCUCCCUGCCGCUUACCCUGCCCUCCAGGGGAUCCCUCCGGUUCUGCUGCCGGGCCUCAACAGCCCUUCCCUGCCUGGCUUCACCCCUUCGAACACAGCUUUAACUUCUCCGAAGGCCAGCCUGAUGGGUCUGCCCAGCACAAGCGUCCCCUCGCCGGGCCUCCCCACCUCUGGAUUACCAAAUAAGCAGCCCCCCGCCUCCCUGAAUUCCCCCAGCCCAGCCCAAGUGACUGCAGCAACGGCCCCCCAGCAGCCGAGCCAGCCCGUGCCUCGGAAGGACAAGGAGAGCGAGAAGGCGAAAGAGAAGGAAAAGGCCCCCAAGGGGAAGGGGGACUCCCCGCUGGCCCCCAAGAAAGACAAGGCGGAGGGGCCCGGCCCAGCAGCCCUGCCCACAGCUCUGCCCGCCCUGGAGUAUUCCGUGGAGCCGGCCCAGCUCCAGGCCCUGCAGGCGGCUCUGAGUUCCGACCCCACGGCUUUGCUCACGAGCCCCUUCCUCCCCUACUUUGUCCCCGGUUUUUCCCCCUACUAUGCUCCUCAGAUCCCGGGAGCCUUGCAGGGCGGCUACCUGCAGCCCCUGUACGGCAUGGAAGGGCUGUUCCCCUACAGCCCGGCGCUGUCGCAGGCCUUGCUGGGCCUCUCCUCGGGCUCUCUGCUGCAGCACUACCAGCAAUACCAGCAGAGCCUGCAGGAGGCCAUGCAGACACAGCAGCGGCAAAGGCCAGCCCCGCAGCAGCCCCCACCGCCACCCAAAGGAAGCCAAACCCCGGUCCCCUCGGGGACGGCAACGCCCGACAAAGACCCUGCCAAAGAACCCCCCCAGCAAGAACAGCAGAAGAACGCCCCCCACGAGGUGCCCCCCCACCUGCCCAGACCCCAGGAAGAGCCCCCAGCAGAAGGCCCCAGCGCAGGGCCCGCCCUCUGGGACCCCGACAUCGUCCCCCAGGUGCAGCCCCAGCUGGUGUGCCGCAAGUGCCAGGCCAGCUUCAGCACCCAGGAGGCGGCCAGCAACCACCUGAAGUCCCUCUGCGGCUUCGGCCAGCCCGUGGUGAACCUGCAAGAGAUGGUGCUUCACGUGCCCGCUGGCGGCAGCGGCUCGUACCAGUGCGUGGCGUGCGAGAGCACGGUGUAUGGGGACGAAGCCCUCCGACAGCAUCUCGAGUCGGCCCCGCACAAACACCGAACAGUCCCAAGAGCAGCAAGAAACGCCAAAGAGCAUCCCCGUCGAUUACCUCACUCCGCCUGCCUCCCCGCCCCCAGCACCGCAUCUACCUCGCAGCCUGCCCCUCACUCAAAGGACAGCCCCUCCCCCCCGCCCCCCACUCCCCCCCACGCCUCCAGGAAGUCUUGGCCUCAAGGGGCCAGCCGGCCUCCCCUGCGGAAGCCACCACCGCCGCCGCCUCUCUCCUCGUCUUCAACGGUUACCUCAAGUUCAUGCAGCACCUCAGGGGUUCAGCCCUCGAUGCCAACAGAUGACUUUUUGGAGGAGUCUGACUCGGACCUUAGCCAAAAGUCCGACGGACCGGCUAGCCUGGCGGAGGGGCCUGAGGAGCCGAGCUGCCCCAAGACCGACCACGCUCACGCUAGCAGGGGCAGCGGGGGCUCCUGCGGACCAAGGCCAGUACCCCUGGGCCAGGCCGUGCGCGGGAUGGCUGGCAGGGGCCUCCCCAGAGCACCUGCCUCCUGGGAGUCUCUCUGCGCUGCGGUCUCCUCUCUGGCCUGGAUGUUGAAAGGAGAGCUUUCUGCUGCCCAAGGGUCGAGUCUGGAUUCGAGCAGGGGCUGGAGCAACAGAAAUGCCGAACAGCAGACGCUUCGCCUGGCAUGCUCCUCAAUGUGGGAUGACUGUGGCAUCGACUAUCAGCUGCCGAUAUGCUUGGUCAAGAUCCAGUUUUGCAAAGACUUUUUCCUUGAGCAAGGGCCGCAGCCAUUGCUUGACUGCCAGCACUGGGAGCCCAGAGGAGGAGUGGGCCACGGGCCUCACAGAGGAGGCAGAUGCUGUGCCCAGGGCCUGGCUCUUUCCAGUGCCUUCCGGGCCUCGCGUGUCUGCCUAGCCAAAAAGGCAGCUGCUCUAGAAAUGAAGGAAUGGCGGUUCCUGUGGGAGCGGGAGCAGUCCGUGUGGUUCCCUGCUGAGUCUGAGGAGCGCAGCAGAAAGCUGGAUCCGUUUCUGUGCGGUCGCCUGUUUCGGGAGUCUGGGUCUCUACGCGUACAGGGACCGCAGAGGGGUACAUCACACCGGCUCGUGUCCCCGGUGUUUAUGGUGUACGGCGAGUGGAUUUAA